UAUAUGUCGUGUUUCCGCAUAGGGAUCGGGUAGCGCCAGGUAUGGCUGAAGUUGAUUUUGGGGACAGUGAGCUCUUUCAGCAGCUCGAUGAGUCUGCUCCUCCGGUCACGACGCAUAUUCGGUUCACAGAUGAUGAUGAAGAGCAGGACGAGAGGAGCGAGCUCCGGAGCAGGCUGGAGGAGUGCGACGAUUACAUCCAGAGACUCACUGAGGAGAAUAAAAUAUUACGAAGGAAAAUGAGCCUCCUGACACGACCAAGCGGCGUCACUGUUGAAGAUGUUAACACCGACGGACCUCUUCUUCAGGUCCUUUAUACAAACAACAUCAUAUCAAAGAAGUGCCGCCAGGAAAUUGAAGACUGCAUCUGCAGUGUGAUUUUGAGGCACCAGAAACCAGACGGUGAAAAGAAGUCCUCCUUUAACAUCAAGCCUCAGAAUUCCGCUUUUGCUUUGGACGAAGAUCCACAGACGAUGUCUUCCAGUAGUGUGAGAACAACAACAGAAGCCUUUAAAGUUGUUGGGAGUGUCUUAUAUUUCACUACUUUCAGUGUUGAUAAACUUGGACAGCCUCUGGUAAACGAAAACCCCCAGCUGACCGAUGGAUGGGAUGUUCCAACCUAUCAGCAAGUCUUCAACCAAGUCAUUGGAACUGAUGGCCAGGAAAUAGAAAUGAAAGACAAAAGACCCAAGUCUAUGUGUUUCAACUGUGGUUCAAGCAGUCACCAGCUGAGAGAUUGUCCCAAGCCUAAAGACAUGGCUGCAAUUAAUGAGAGAAGAAAGGAGUUCAAUCAGAGCAACAACCAAGUCAUGCAGAGUAACCAGAGAUACCAUGCUGAUGAAGUGGAGGAGCGGUUUGCCAAAUACAAGCCUGGAGUCAUGAGUGAGGAGCUGCUGACAGCUCUGGGCAUUGAUGAGAACACCCUACCUCCUCUGAUCUAUCGCAUGAGGCAGCUAGGUUACCCACCAGGUUGGCUCAAAGAGGCAGAGAUGGAAAACUCUGGCUUAUCACUGUAUGACGGAAAUGCAUCAAGUGAUGGCACUGUAACUGACAACACUAAUUCACAAAACCUCUCAUAUGAUGUUUCCAAACUGGUGGAUUUCCCAGGUUUCAAUGUACCCGCACCACACAAAAUGAAAGAUGAGUUCAUGCACUAUGGUUCAAUUCCAAUGCAGACCAGCCACAUGAAGCAAAACUAUGCAGCCUACCUGUCCAGCUUCUUUCCCACGCAGCCUGGUGCCACCUCCAGCAAGAGAAGACAUGAAUUUGACUCAUCUCCACAGCUGAGGAAGAGGAGUAAGUUUAGCCCGGACCGGACCCCAGACAGGAGCUCGGAUAUGGAUAUUGAAUCAGAUCCAGGAACACCUCAUCAAAUUCAAAGCUCUGGUGAUUUCCAGUUCCAGCCACCACUGCCUCCUGGCUCUCCUUGCUUUAGUUCUCCUCCUCCUUUACCACAGGGGACUCCUCCUUCUACACCCACCCCCCCACCUCUCCCUAAAGGUACUCCUCCACCUACUCCCACCAACGGCUCUCCAGCUGUGCGAGGGCGCGACUGGGUGGUGGUUGAUGAGACUGGGGAGGGAACAGAGGAUGACCUUACACUGGAGGAACUGGAGGAGCAGCAGAGACUGAUCUGGGCAGCUCUAGAAAAUGCUGACAUGGCCUCUAACAGUGACUGUGAGACACCUGCCGCACAAACUCCUGUACCAAGUUCACCAAGUGUAUCUACAUCUGCACAUGCGGACACAGAAAAUGAAGACAUGGAUGAAGGAAUGGACUUAAUAAAACCUGAAGAACCUUCCCUAAGCAAAGAAAAUCAACCGGAGGAUCAAGAGGCUUUGUCAUUAAGCCCGGGACCAGUAAAAGUUAAGGACGAUAGUCCUCAGAGUCCCGAACCAGCCGAAGUCCAGGAAAGCACCCCUCAGAGUCCCGAGCCAGUUAAAACUCAGGACAGCACCCCUCAGAGUCCCGAGCCAGUUAAAACUCAGGACAGCACCCCUCAGAGUCCCGAGCCAGUUAAAACUCAGGACAGCACCCCUCAGAGUCCCGAGCCAGUUAAAACUCAGGACAGCACCCCUCAGAGUCCCGAGCCAGUUAAAACUCAGGACAGCACCCUUCAGAGUCCCGAAUCAAUGUUAGUCGAGGACAGCACAUUUCAGAGUCCCGAGCCAGUGAAAGCCGAAGUUGACAACCCACAGAGCCCUGAGUCAGAUUUGCCUCAUCCGGUGAGUGGAGACUGUACGACUCCAGGGCAUCUCGAGAAGGUAACUGCUGUUCCGCAUCGGAGCAAGUUUGCAGCUGGCAUCGUUCCGUUUGAAGAUACACCAGAGUUCACUGAAGUUGCUGAAGCCACAGGAACAUACCUUAGGAUCAGAGACUUGCUUAAAAAUUCCCCACGAAGUCUGGCGAAGAAGUAGUGAUAGUUUAUUGCCUUGAUUCAAAACACAGUAUAUUUUAAUGGAAAGUCUUCAUUUCAUCUCCAUUCAGCAUGUUUUUUUUCUAUUCUGUGUAAAUGCAGUUGAUAUGUAAAAUUCAGUUAGGGAAAGCCUUUUAAGGAUGCUUCAACAACUGAUUUUGACCAGCUAGUCUGAGAUUUUUUUUCAGCAGAAGUGAACUGUUUACUUCACUGUAAAAUGUGUACAAUGGUAAUUUCUUGACCUGCAUUAUUUUUCAUCUUGUGGUGUUUUUGUGUUAUUUGUUCCACUUGGAGUUCCAAUGGAGUAAACAAUAUUGUUUCUGCUCAA